GUCAUUCAAGAGAGACAGACCUGUCUGUAUUAGGGACAGAGUUAGGGCCACAGAGACUUUAGGGCCACAGAAUCGUUACUCAGGGACACAGAAUCGUUACUCAGGGACACAGAAUUGUUACUCAGGGACACAGAAUUGUUACUCAGGGACACAGAAUCGUUACUCAGGGACAGACACAGAGUUGUUACUCAGGGACACAGAAUCGUUACUCAGGGACACAGAAUCGUUACUCAGGGACACAGAAUUGUUACUCAGGGACACAGAAUCGUUACUCAGGGACACAGAAUUGUUACUCAGGGACACAGAAUUGUUACUCAGGGACACAGAAUCAUUACUGAGGGACACAGAAUCGUUACUGAGGGACACAGAAUCGUUACUGAGGGACACAGAAUUAAAUCGUUACUUUCUGCUUCACAACCACUAUUGAAAUUAAAGAGUAUGUCAGACAACACGCAGAGGAGUGGCAGAGGAGGCAAUGUUUCAGGAGCGAGCAGACGUGGCAGCAGAGGAAGGGGUCGAGGCAGCACUAGUCGCAGCCAGAGGCCAGUGCUCCUGGUGUCAUCCAGCGGUCGUGUCUCCACCGACAACCCUGCCGUCAUCGAUUGGUUGACUCGGUCGUCUUCCUCUUCCCAGGUCACCUCUGACACCUACAGCCAACGGUCGGUGGGUACGUCAGACACAACCGUUAGUUGGCAUGGCCCGGGAGCAAGCCCACUGAAAUCACGUGUCCUCUACCUGCCCUGUCCUUUGGUGUUCCCUCACCAAGCGAAGUAUCGGAUGCUGUGGGCUCAGCCCCACUGUACAGUGAGGAAGAGCUAACAGAGGGCGGUCAGGAACGGGGGGAGACAUCCGCCUCUUCAGCAACCAGGCGAAGAAGUAUGGCGAGGAGAGUGGCUCGGUAGCCGGUCUAGAGACAGGUCUGUCUCUGACCC